CCUGUCUCUGUCUCGUUUUGGGAUUAAAAACAUUAAAUGACAAACAGACCGACUUUACCGCAAACACUCAUCAGGGAAGUUCGCUUUUGGACACUUUUCGGGAUAGUCUGCACCUGCCGACCUGUCCGUGCUCUGAGCUUCCAGACAACUCCUCCAUUUAUUUAUUUUUAACUUGCUACAGCUCCGUCGGGUUUUUUGUGCGCAAUGGCCGGUCGUUUCCAUGCAUCAGUCCUUCUCCACAUUGAGAGGUUCGGGAUGGCUGCAAACUAAACACACAAGAACUCCUGUGGAUGCGAGAGUGACCUUCUGAGUGUGGAUACCGGGAAGAUUUCAGCAGCCUCUUUGAUGAAACCACCUUACCUUUUCAUUUUGGGGAUCUACUUAGGAGUCUGUGCAGCGUUUUAGUUCAGAGCGCACUUGUGUCUGACUCAACGAUGUGCUCCGGUGGGAAAUACUGUGUGUUUUUGUUCUUGCUCAGAAGUAUCCUGUCGGACCCGGGAACCUCAAACCAAGUGGUUCUGUUGGACACCACGACAGUGCUAGGAGAACUGGACUGGAAGACCUAUCCUGUCAAUGGGUGGGACGCGAUCACAGAGAUGGAUGAGCAGAAUAGACCUAUUCAUACCUUCCAGGUUUGCCAUGUAAUGGAGCCAAACCAGAACAACUGGCUACGGUCUGGAUGGAUCCAGCGGCAGGCUGCACAGAGGGUAUAUGUGGAGCUGCGCUUCACACUGAGAGACUGCAACUCCAUUCCUUGGGUUUCUGGCACCUGUAAGGAAACCUUCAACCUCUUUUACCUGCAGACAGAAGAUCCGCUUCCUGCAGGGACACGGUUUCGACCUACUGACUAUGCUAAGGUGGACACCAUAGCGGCGGAUGAGAGUUUUACACAGACAGAUCUCGGAGAUCGUGUUCUUCGUCUCAACACCGAGGUCAGGGAGGUGGGGCCGGUGACACAGAAGGGCUUCUACUUGGCCUUCCAAGAUGUGGGAGCUUGUAUUGCGCUUGUGUCCGUGAAGGUUUUCUAUAAACGCUGCCCGUCGACUUUAAGGAACCUGGCAGCAUUUCCUGAUACGGUGCCACACAUGGACUCCUCCUCUCUGGUGGAAGUAAGGGGUGCAUGUGUGGAGAAUGCAGAAGAAAGGGACACGCCCAAACUGUACUGUGGUGCUGAUGGAGACUGGCUGGUACCACUGGGCCGCUGCGUCUGUAGUAUCGGCCACGAGGAGAUGGAUGGCUACUGCCGGGCAUGCAAGCCGGGCUUCUUCAAGGCAUAUGCUGGGAACACUAAAUGCUCCAAGUGUCCUCCACAUAGCUCCAGCCAUGACCAGGCCGCCACCAUCUGUCACUGCGACAAAGGCUUCUACAGAGCUAUAAAAGACUCCUCCACCAUGGCUUGUACAAGGCCUCCGUCAGCUCCCAGGAACCUGGUCUCAUUGAUCAAUGACACGGCUCUCUUCUUGCAGUGGAUGCCUCCUAGCGACACAGGUGGCAGGAAGGACAUCACUUACAACAUCCUGUGCCAGCGCUGUGAUGGAAGAGACGGCGACAGUGGUGUGACACAGUGCGAGCCGUGUGAGCCAGACCUGCGGUUCAUCCCACGGCCGCUUGGUCUGACUGGUACCUCUGUGGCAAUACUAGAUUUUGCAAUGCACGCCAAUUACACUUUCCACGUGGAGGCCGCGAAUGGCGUCUCUGGACUGGGGAUGUCUGCACGCUCGCUGGCAAAUGUUACCGUCAAAACACACCAAGCCGGUCCUGCUCUGGUGGGUGUAGUCAGGAAAGACUGGGCCUCUCAAAACAGCAUCGCCCUCUCCUGGUCAGAAGUGGAAAAGCUGCCCUCAGACAUAGUGGACUAUGAAGUCAAAUACUUUGAGAAGGAGCAAGAGCAGCUGAGCUACUCAUCAACGCGAACCAAAUCCCCCAGCGUGGUGGUAACGGGCCUCAGACCCUCCACUGUCUAUGUCUUCCACGUGCGCGCUCGCACUGCUGCUGGCUACACAGCGUACAGCCCCAACUUUGAGUUUGCUACUGCAGCUGAGGAUCCUGAUAUCGCUGACCAGGGUCAAGUUCUUGUGGUUGUCACAGCGUCUGUAGGAGGCUUCUCCCUGCUGGUCAUCCUUACCCUCUUCCUCCUCAUCACUGGACGGUGUCAAGGGUACAUAAAAGCAAGGAUGAAGUCAGAGGAGAAGAGGAGGACUCGCUUUCACAGUGGCCACGUCCCAUUCUCCGGGAUAAAGACCUAUGUGGAUCCAGACACAUAUGAAGACCCUGCUCAGGCUGUGGAGGAAUUCACCAAAGAGAUAGACCCCUCAUACAUAUGCAUCGAGAGGGUGAUUGGUGCAGGUGAAUUCGGAGAAGUCUGUAGCGGUCGGUUGCGCAUACCUGGACGGAUGGACAUCGCUGUAGCAAUAAAGACACUUAAAGGGGGCUAUAUGGAGCAACAGAGGCGAGACUUUUUGCGUGAGGCUUCAAUCAUGGGACAGUUUGACAACCCCAACAUCAUCAGACUGGAGGGAGUGGUCACCAGAAGCCGACCAGUAAUGAUAGUCGUUGAGUACAUGGAAAAUGGAGCGCUUGAUUCUUUUCUCCGGACACGUGACGGACAGUUCACAGUGCUCCAGCUGGUCGGCAUGCUGCGCGGCAUCGCAGUAGGCAUGACCUAUCUUUCAGACAUGGGUUAUGUUCACAGAGACCUUGCCGCUCGCAACAUCUUGGUGGAUGAAAACUUGGUGUGUAAGGUGUCUGAUUUUGGCAUGUCCAGAGUCCUUGAGGACGACACUGAGGCAGCCUACACUGCUACAGGAGGAAAGAUACCGAUACGGUGGACGGCACCAGAGGCUAUCGCUUAUGGAAAAUUUUCCACAGUUAGUGAUGUGUGGAGCUAUGGCAUUGUUAUGUGGGAAGUGAUGUCAUAUGGUGAGAGGCCCUACUGGGAGAUGUCCAAUCAAGAUGUCAUUUUAUCAAUUGAGGAAGGCUACCGUCUGCCAGCACCCAUGGGCUGCCCUGUGACACUGCACCAGCUAAUGCUGCACUGCUGGCAGAAGGAGUCCAACCAGCGCCCACGCUUCAACAAUGUGCUCUCUUUCCUGGACAAACUCAUAAUUAAUCCCAGUAGUCUGCUCACUCUGGUGAAUGAUGUGCAGAGUUUCCCUGACUCCCCAGAGGACAUGCCAGACUACCCUCUUUUCAUCUCUAUCGGCGACUGGCUCGACUCCAUCAAAAUGAGCCAGUAUAAGAACAACUUCCUUGCAGCAGGAUACACAACACUGGAUUCUAUUUCAACCAUGAGCAUAGACGACAUCAGGCGUAUCGGGAUCUGUUUGAUUGGCCACCAGAGGAGAAUCAUAAGCAGCAUACAGUCCCUUCGCCUGCAGCUCCACCACAUCCAACAGAGUGGCUUUCAAGUGUGAGACCACGGAGCUGAGACAGACUGUGUGUACACACUGAGCCGGAAACAAACCAGACUUCCUUGGCAUCGUCAUCCAACUAAUUGCACAAACACCAGACUGUUAGGUGUAGCAGGUACCACACGCUGCUCAUGCGAGAGCGGUCCGCUGCUAGACACACGUGGUCUAGUUAACACACACACACACUCAUCAUCUUAUGGAUCAUUAUCAAUACAGCCUCCACAACAACCAACCUCUGUCAGCGUUGGCCAAAUGCGGUCUCUUUAUUAUCUCAGCAACUACUAGCAUUCACUUGAAUUUAGGACUUCUUUUCUCUAGUGUCUUUUCAAGUGUUCACCGAUACCUCUUCUCUUUCCAAGUGACAAUCCAAUGGUUUCUAUUGACUUUGAAUGGUCUCAAGUCAGUUACCUCAUGACCAGAGAAGAUGCGGAGAGGAUAGGAGGUAUGGUAACGAAUGGUACAGUAUGUGAUUUUAAUAACAACCUUUCCUGCUGGUUAAUAAAACAAAUUCACCAGAGAUAAAGAUCGACAGAAAAGUAAAUACAAUCAUGUUUUUUGAACUGAAGACCGCUGAAUG